AUGCGCGGUCUAUUGAGGUUUUUCAUGCUCGUCUUAUUCGCAAGCACGAAACUUUCGUUUGUAAGCGGCGUCGACGGCACGAGGCAAGAUGGUAGCCGCAUAAACGAGUGCAUGUUCCGAACGUCCCCUCCCAUUUCAGCAGCCGCCGAUGAAGGCGACUCAACGGCGGGCACCUUACACAUGCCGCAAUCUUUCGGUACUCUUUAUUCCGCCGAAAGUCUGGCUGAGUCUGGAGCGGGUUAUGCUUGUUAUGCUGCAAAGCCUUUCUCCAGUAGUUUGUUUAGUGUGUCGACAGCUAAACGGGUCCGCGCAGCUCUUACAGCUCAUGAGUCUAUCGGGGACACCAGAAACACGAAAAGUGCAGGUGCACAUGUGUUUAACGGCGAGGCAGACCUUUGGCGCGACCAAGAAAUGUGGGUCACAGCACAGAGCUUUCGUAAAAGUAAACAAAUAAUCAAAACAAAGAAAGAAUAUGGUAUCACUGAUGAUGUUGACGCCUCUGACAGGGGCGAAUGGGGACAUUCCUCGAAGGAGUAUUCAGGACCUUCAAGCAGGCAAACUGAGACGCCCAAAUGCACUAAAACACUGCACCACAAAUCCCUCUACGUUCCAGGUACUUUCAUACCAGGUGAGAUAUCCCCGGGUGUUAAGGUACAGCGAACUCCACCUGCUCUCAUUCCGGGCACUCCUGGUUUCUGGGAGCCUGGACGAUCUCCGUAUUAUACUCCCGGAUUUUGGACUCCAGGAUACGGACCAAGAUAUGUAUCCGCAGUUCCUGCUGCAAUUCUGCCUGGAAAGAAAGGGACAGUCAUCCCAGGAUUAUUUUUCCCGCCAGCUUAUUCACCAGGGUACCUUAUCCCAGGUUGGUACGAAACGAUGUCCUGUGCUUUGCUAUGUUCCAUGCCGACGUGUCAGGAAGCUGAGUGCUUUAAGCUUCCGCAAGUCACGGGUGUCAAGGUGAAUACCACUGGUCCUCUGACCCGGCACAUGUAA